UCACUUCCAAAAUCUAGUACUUACAAGAAAAUCCAUAAUCCAACUCUUAAUAAUUUCAACUACAGAGCCCAAAAAAACACAGAAAACAAAAAAAAGAAGAGAGAAAGAAACGGAAAAAUAGCCAUUAACGAGAUGGGUGAUGGGAAGAAGAAGAUUGAAAGCAAGCAAGAAGAAGCAGAAGAAGCAGAAGCCUCCAAGAGCAAUCUGUUUCUGGGUUUUCCCAAGAUUGAACUCAAGAUUCCUCCAUUUUUUAAUAUGAAAGAUGUCGCUUCAGGCAAAGAAGAAGAGAAGAAGACGACGAGUCAUAAACAUGAGGUGGUUAGGUUUGGAGAGCCUAAACCAGUAACGCCUCCUCCAUUGAAGAUUCAAAAUGAUGAGCCUGUGAAGCUUUCUCAUCCUCUUGCUGUUUUCCCGGUUUAUGCCAUUGGUGGAUUCAUUAUAUUGAAGUGGGUAUGGGCGAGAUGGAAGGAAAGAAACCAGAGAGCGAAGAAGGCAUCAUCUGAUGAUGAUCAAUCUUCUGAUGAGUCUCAAUCACCAGCUGAUGAUAAUUAAUGGUUAUGAAGCUUUCAUACAGAAAAUGCAAUUUUAGGUAGUGAAGGUGAAGCCGAUUAGUUUAGCCAACUGCAAUUUUUGUAAUUUCUUUUCUGGCUUGCCGUCUUUUCCAUGACAUACUAUGUGAUUUAAAUGUUCUACUUUUGCUAAGUUAAAAAAUGCAUUUACGAUAUUGAAUCUUA